GAAAUAUCUCCAGGGAAGAAGAAAGCCUCCGUGGUGACGUGUUUCCGGUGUCAUGUCAGCUUCCUGUAGCAGCCACAUGUCCGGUGUCUGUCGCUGUGUUUGAAUCUCUCGGGUUUUACAGCCUCGUGGGUUUUUCACUGGAGCUUUAAUGCAACAGGACAUCGAGAGAUGGCAGAAGCUGUGCAGGAGAAAAGUCGUGGCUUGAAGUUUGCAGAGCGGCAGCUCCUGCGUCACGGUUGGGAACACGGUAAAGGACUCGGCCGAGCUGAGAACGGGAUCUGUGAAGCCAUCAAGGUCAAAGUGAAGUGUGACAAAGGAGGGGUCGGCCACAAGGAAGGAGAGCAGUUCACCUUCCACUGGUGGGAUCAUGUCUUCAAUAAGGCGUCCUCCAGUCUGCAGGUGGAGUCUGAUCAGAACGGUAUUAAGUUGAGGAAGACGGUGGAGGAGGAGGAAGAUGGAAUGAUCUCCAAUAAAAAACCACGGAAGGCCACGCUGGCUAAAGACAAACUCUACGGAUGCUUUGUCAAGUCGGCCACGCUGCUGUCUGGUCAGGAGCAGCCGGAGCCAAAGCCGUCGGACUCGGACGACAGCAGCAGCUCGGACGAGGAGGACGAACAGAGACUGGAUCUGUCGAGCACCACCAAACUCUCUGAUGCUGAUCUGAUGAAGGCCUGCGGAGGACGCACGGCUCACAAAGGAGCCAGACACGGACUGACCAUGAGUGCCAAGUUAGCCAGGCUGGAGCAGCAGGAGGCUGAGUUCAUGGCCAAGUACGGCAAGAAGGGCCAACCACCUAGUGCCUCUGCGGUUUGUGGUAAACCAGCUCCGCUGACCUCCAAGUCCGCUGAUGAACGAGUGGAGAGGCCGGAGGAGACGGCCGAGGAUACCCAGAGCAGGAAGAUGAAGAAAAAGACCAAGAGCUCCACUCUGAGCGUUAUCGAGGUAAAUGGAAGCGAGGUGUCAGAAAGUCCUGAAGCUGACGUUAAACCCAAAAAGAAGAAGAAGAAGAAGAAAAGGAAAGCCGAUGAUGACGCUGAAGAAAUAACUGAGGCAGUUUCCACGGAGGAUGUGAUCUGUGUGGAACAUUCUGACAAAACGAAGAGCAAGCAAAAGAAGAAAAAGAAGAAAGUGGAGCAGAAUGAAGAAGAAAGAACGACUUCCCCUGCUGCAGAGAGCGAGAGCGUGGAGGAGACGGCUGAGCUGCACUCUAAAGUGAAGAAGAAGAAGAAGAAGAAGUCAUCUUCCAAACAUCCCAGUGAAGCAGAGGAGAGUAACGAUGCAGAAUCCAGCCAAUCAGAGCCGGUCCAGGGCGGUGCUCCCAAAACCAAAAAGAGAAAAGUUUUAACGGAGGAAGCAGAAGUUCCAGAGGAAGAAUCAACGGUAAAACGGAAAAGGACAAAAUGUAAAAAGGACAAACAACCUGUUGAUGAAGAGACACUUCCUGCAAAGAAGAAGAAGAAGAAGAAGUGCAGAGAGUAGAAACAGUUGACAAACAGGACAAAUGAUCAUUUCUGUAAAUCAGCUGUAAACGUGACACGGACGCUCCAAUCUAACAUGAGUGUAAAUGAAUGUUUCGCUUUUAAUCAGCGAGCAACAGCUAGAGAUGUUCUGAUACCUGGACUCUGAUCUCGACUCAUACGAUUCCUUCAGAUAGACAAAGUGCACUUAAAGCUCACUACAGCUAUGAGCAGGAGUCACUUCUGAUUUUUCAGGUAAAAGAAAAUUACAGUUUUAUUACACGUGCUCUGCGUUGCCUGCGAAGUUUACCGCACCAUUGAAGUACUCUAGUGAAUCUCCAGUAAUGAGAUUACCUCCAUCUGUUGAGCCUCUUGUGCCGACUGAAAAGGUUUUGUAGUUAAAAGAGGUUGUUGGAAAAACUUUGAUUGUUUAUUGCAGAUUUAAAAGGCUUUUUAAGGAUUAUUGGUUAUAAACAACGUCACAUGAA